AUGGAGCAACAUCUGGUUCCAGAGACGGAAACUGAGCAAAUGAUCCCCCUCCAUUUCAAUGAAGGGAUGGUUGGCGUUAACUCUGCAUGGAAGAAAAGGCCUACCUGUCGUGGCGAGAGUUGCCCUACUCGGCAAAUCCCUAGAGAAGAAUUAGUCAAAUUACUUCCAGAGUCUUGGGUGACAAAUUACGAAAAGCUUCAUGAAAGCAGCGUACUGAUUAAAUCCGUGGACUCCUCCAUCUACAAGAGAAAAGACGGAGCGAUCGAGAUAUCUUUUAAACAACAAGAUGGUGAAAAAUCACGGCAUCCAGCGUUUUGCGCUGAGAUAAAUGCAAUCUCUCCAGCCGAGGAAGUACAACCCCUAAAGCAAUAUUUGCCCGGUGUUCCAAUAAACAAAUUUAAUGCAGCCGGAGACCCUAUCUAUGCAUUGUCAGACGAAACAGGUCACAAAUUCUUUGACGUCUGUGACUGUGACUAUUGCCUAAUGAGUAGCUCAGAUGAAGAAGAAAAACCAAGCCGAAGAAAAAAGAAAUCAUCCCAGCAAAUUCUCAAGGAACGAUACGAAUCUGGAGACCCCGAAACACUCAUGGAAAAUCAGAAAUCCGAACCCAUGACCCAAACACAACCUCUCUCCUUUUCCCAUGACCCAAGUAUCUUUGGAUCAUCCUCCUUCCUACCAACAAGAAUCAAAGAGCAACGUCCUGCAAAAAAGAAACACCCAACUGUUCCUAAAGAAACUCCAAAGAUUUCUGCGCCAGAAAACACGAAGACCACUUCACCUGAAAAGGGUGAAGCACAGUUUAUGGUGGAACACGCCAAAAAUCCAAUCUCUACAUCUCUUGAACAAGUGGCGGAGCAAACAAAACCACCAAAGCAACAACGUUCUGCGAAAAGCCUGAUGACGCUACAAGAAAGUUCUGACGAAGAGUUCAUAAUCCCAAACUUCAUGAUGGCCGAACCAACAGUAGAAGAAGAAGAUAUGGAAAGCGAUGGUGGAAACAUAUCUGAAGACAGAAGAGAACCACAGAGGCCUCAAACUCCACCAGACUGGAAUCCAAGAAGCCACACUGACUCACACAGUGGUUUCUCUUUCGACAAUGUUCCCCCAUCAAAAUGGAGAGACAAAAUCUACGAGAUGCAUGCAUGGCUCACCGAACAACUACUCAACCCAGGAGCUACUCUCCCUACAGUAAUAGACAAGAUAAUCUCCAAAUUCCAUGGUCGUCUCAGACAGUGGUGGAUCAGCCUUGGAGAUUACAGACAGCUACAGAUCCGCCAAUCUCAAUCAGUGGAUACUGUGAUUGGGCAUAUCCACAAUGAAUUUCUUGGAACAUGGGAUCACUAUACAAUCCAAGCAAGGGAAGAAUACAUGAGCAUGAGAUGCUGCUCUUUCAAAAGAAAAGAUUUGGAGAAGCACUAUGAGAGGAUGUCAAAAAGAUUCUACGUACUAAAUGGAAUUGACGAUGUCAAUCUCAAGCAGGCGUACUUGAACUCACUUCCAGAACCUCUUAGAAAUGAGACAUCUUGA